AUGGAUCACCGGUACUCGCAGACGGGCUACACGCCGCCCGCGCAACAGCCCGACCUGCGCCACCAGGUCUCGAACCUCUCAGACAAUGGCUACCAAGGCAUAAGAGGCCGCGAGUCUCUCGUCUCUUUGCAGUCCCGCUACGGCUCGCCACCGCCGGGUAUACCGGAGGAAGGAGGGGCACAGAUGAAUCCCGAUGGCUCGUCAUGGUCAACGCCGUUCAGGAGGCCGUCGGCUAGAGGAUACGCUCCUCUGGGAGGUUACAGUGCGGCCCCCUCAUCAUCAAGCUCGCAACGCCCGUUGAAAAGCUUCAGAGCCCGAGCUCAAGAGACAAUCCACGAGGACGAGAGCAUCGACAUGUCGCUCCUGCGCGCGGCCGCGCCGCCCGCAGAGACGUCCACGACACCAAAGCUGUACGAUCCACCACUUGCUCCAGAAGCCGGCAUCCCAGACGAGCCAGUCUUCGACAUGACGUCCUUUUCGGGCCCCAUGAGCGUUCAAGACCAAGAGUUCAUGCGCAGCUUGCAGCAACGGGAGGCCAGCGGGCAUCUCACGGGCGGUAUAGGUCAGGCCGGGACCGUGCUCUCGCAAGGCGAGCUGCUCGCACGCACUCCGGGCUCCAUCAAACGAAGCUUUUCUUCGCGCUUCGGAUCCAUCCACAGGAAGCCUUCGCUGGCCCCAAAGGCCCAGAUACUCAGGAAUGCCGGCCAGGACGAAGCCAAUAGGCGCGGCGAAGUCAUCGAGGUCAUUGUUGAGGAGCCGUCAGAUGUGGACCUGAGCUCCAUGGCCGGACCUGCGGGUUUUGGAAAUGACAACCACUCGCACUCGGGGAUGCCCCGAGCAACGACAAUCCCCGUCUCAAAGACGAAGACGGAGUUAUUCUACCCACAGCCCAACUGGCGGCCCGUCUUCAUGCAGUGGUAUUACCUGCUGUUCCUAAUUAUGCUGUCCGUUGUGCUCGGAGGGUGCCAGGAGAUCUUGUAUCAAGCGUCAUUACGCAAGCCGCUGAUGAAGUUUAAGGACGCGACCGAGAUAUCGCCUCUCGAUUACUUCAUCCUGCGAUUCAUACCGACAAUCAUCGCCGUGACUUACGGCGUUUUGUGGCAGAACACAGACUUUGAAGUGCGGCGUCUCGAGGCCUUCUAUCAGCUGUCAAAAGAAGGAGGUGCUCUGGCUGCCGAGUCUAUCAAUGUGGACUAUGAGACUGUGUACAACAUCAUGCGACCCUUCCGCGCCCUGCAGCGGCGACACUACGUGGUAGCAAUUUCUUCCAUCGCGUCGUUACUGGCCAUCUCGUUGGUUCCGACGCUGACUGCCGCGGCGAUCGUGCUCCGGCCAGACCGUCAAGUCAGACUGACGAACCCCACAGUCGAGAAGACUGUUGUCAUUGACAUGACGCUGUCACGACUGCUGACAUCUCUAUUUGUCGUCAUCGCCGUGCUGGGACUUGUCCUGCUUUAUCAGAUUAGUUCGAGGAAGUCCGGGUUGAUGGGAGACGUUAAGGGUAUAGCGGGGCUUGCGGCCAUGGCUACAGUCAGUCACAUCAUGAUGGACUUCAAGGACAUGGACACGGCCAGUCCAAAGGACAUCCACCACAAACUCAAGGAUCGGCGAUAUGUGCUGCUGAACUCAUCCUUGGCACCUGACGAGUCCUCGACGGCGACGCUGCAGGAACAAGACCGGUUCAGGGAAUCCCAUCUGCCCGACAAUCCCCAUCCCAUGAUGAUGCGCAAAGAAGGCUAUAUACCCCUUAUGCUUGGCAUUGUCAUGUUCACUGCAUUCAUCCCGGUCGUCCUCUUUACACCGGCGAGCAUCAUCACCGACAAAGCGCCCUGGCUAGUCACGGCGUUCGCGGUCUGCGUCAAGCUCAGCUGGGGCAGCUUUGACUCAUCGUUGCGCAUGAUGGAGCCAUACUACAUCUUGUCUAAGCGGCACGCUCCCGCGCGCACACUGACGCUCGACUAUACCGCCAUGCCUUUCGCCGUGGUGGCGUUCCGUGCGCUGUUCAACAGGCACUGGAUCGUGUUCCUCGUCGGGUGGGGAACGGUCAUGACGGAAGGGUUGACUAUCUUCGCCACGAGCCUGGCAACUAUCGACGGCCAGGCUUUCCUGCGGCUCGCCAGUGCCAGUGAACAGGGUGACUCGCUCGACUCUGACAAGGGCGGCUUCAUCCACGAAGGUCUGUCGGGCCAAGAAACCGUCAUGUCGUUCCUCAUCACACUGGGCUGCACCUUUUUCAUCCUGCUGUACAUGUCCAUCGUAGCCACGGUUGUUUUCGUCCGCCGCCGCCACCCGUUCCUGCCGCGCCAGCCAAACACCAUUGCGUCGGUCCUUGCAUUCAUGCAUCAGAGCAAGAUGCUGUACGACUUUGUCGGGACCGCGAAGCUCAGCAACAAGGGCAUGCUGCGCAAGCUGGAGAGCCUGGGCAAGACGUACGGGCUGGGCUGGUUCGACGGCCGCGACGGGCAGACACACUGCGGCGUCGACGAGGAGGAGCUCACGGGGAACUACAAGCACGGUAUCAAUUUCGCGGACGGGAACAAGCCGUGGUUGACGGAGUGGCAGCUUUUCUAA